AUGUUGGGCAAGGCUGUUCCUGCCAGUGGCAGGGCCUCGGCGGCGGGCCUGGCUCCUCGCCCGGCCCCGGGAUGCGUUCGGACGUCCGCCAGCCCUGUCAAGCCGUCGAGCAGGAAGGUGUCGUGCCGCGUCGUCGGCGACAGCAAGCUGUGGAGGGAUCUCGAGAUCACGUGCGAGAACAUCGCGGAGGCGCCUCCGAGCAUGAAGUCGGACCCGGAGCUCGCGUCGGACCUCCGGAAUGCCAUGAAGGCCCUCAAGCAGGGCGGUGGCCUGAGCAAGUGGGGCUGCAAGGCCAAGAUGCCGCGCAGGAUGGUGUCCGUGGGGGAGCUGCGGAUGGUCGGCAUCAAGAACCCCGAGGCUCUUGGGAUCCCCUCGGUCCGGAACGACGCGGCGUUCCUCGCCACCACGAUCGUCGGCAGCAGCGUCCUCGCGGUGAUCGCCUCGCAAGUCCUGCCCGGGCAGUGGGCGCCCACCGCGGCGUACCUCAUCGGCGGCGCGGGCCUGAUCGUGCCCAUCAUCGGGUCCAUCAACCCCGCCAUCCUGCAGUUCGCCAUCGACCGCUUCAGCCUCGUCUUCCCCGACUACCGCGAGCGCACGCGCCGCCACGAGGCGGGGCACAUCCUGAUCGGGUACCUGUGCGGCGUCGCCAUCGGGGACUACUCCCUCGACCUCGGAAAGGAGCACACGGACUUCGUUGAGAGCAAGCUGGAGCGCCGCAUCAUCGAGGGCAAGCUGGACGAGGACACGCUGAACGUCCUCGCCGUCGUCGCGAUGGCCGGUGUCGCGGCGGAGGGCACCAACUACGAGGAGGUGAUUGGCCAGAGCGCGGACCUGCUCUUGUUGCAACGUCUCAUGGCGCGGAGCGAGACGAAGCUCAACGACGGGCAGCAAAUGAACCUGACGCGCUGGGCCGCGUGGCAGGCGUGCCUGCUGCUCCGGGAGUUCAGUUCGGAGUACGAGGCGGUCCUCACGGCGCUGGAGCGGCGCGCGAGCGUGUACGAGUGCAUCCAGGCCAUCGAGGACACGCAGACGACCAAGGCCGCCGCGAGCAGCUAG